AUGGCAAUGGGGAACAAUCAAGAUCCGUGCCAGGAUCAUGUGGCUGAGCCUCCAUCUGCACGGACGCAGCCGCAACCACAACCGUCUGUCUCGUACUUGAGCAAGUUGCUCGGCACUACAACAUUCAAGGACACUGCCGCUUCCUCAUCUUCCUCCGAGCAGGCUGUAACUGAGACCCCGCCACCUAAGCCAAUCAUUUACCUCAAAAAACCUCUUGGUUGGUACUUCAGUAUUUACAUCAGGAUCGAUCGUUCAGGAUCUUUCCACACUUAUCCUCAUCUCGGUGGGCCGUUCAAGAGCUUACAGGAAGUGGAAAAGGCUAUCGAGCGCUAUCUUGAUGACAAGCGGCAUCAAACGCUGUGGAAAGAGCAAUCUGGGGAUUCUGGGAUGGAGAUUGUUAUAAAGAAGGCUCUUUACUGGCCUGAUGGAAGAACAAGGAGAUGUUCAGACAACCAGGUAGUGGAGCAUACCCGUGAGCAAAAGAGUUUAAUGCUUCAAGCUUUACUGGACACGUAUAAUGAGGAUCACAAACUUUUUGGGGAUGAUGCAUAUGAAUUCAAGGAUAUUUUGCACUUCCAGUCAAUCGGCGAAGGAAAUAUGUGGUACAAGCAUUUCAAUUUCACUACAAAGACUAAAGAUGGAAUUGAGGAUCUUUUCUUUGCUGAAGUGCGAGAAGAAGGAGACAAUGAAUUGGUGGCAAAUACCUUCUGCAAGAUUGAAUCCAAUGAAAAUGGCCACUGCUAUGGUUGCAUAAAUAAUGGAAGUAUGGAUAUGAAGCACCCCGACAAGGCUGAUGCAUACUCUGGUGGUCACUUGGAUGUAUAUUUGCCAUUUGGUGGGGGUAGAAGACGUCCUAACACGUGGACAGGCUCAAAGGAAGAUGUGGCUGCGGAGGAAGCUAGGCUGAGAUACAUCUACGGUGUAAAAUGAUAAGUGUUUGCUUGUAAGGAG